AUGCUGUAUUCCAAGAUUCCAUGUGAAAUGUAGAGUGCAAGUUAUCAGAUUUUGACAGCUUAUAUUUUUCAUUAAAAAAACCACCUCUCGAAGACCAAAAAAAAAUAAAAAAAUAAAAGACCCCAUUUUUUCUAUGAGCAAUCAUGUAUGUGAAGUAAUUGACUAUGACACAUAACAAUUUGUUCCUUAUAAUUUAUUUAUAGCUUCUGAAUUUGCCAUUUUCAUUGCUUCACACAUUAUAAUACCCUUCCAACAUGCCAAGAAACUUAUUCCUUUAUCAAGAUAUGACUUCCAUUGAUCACCUUCUUCUUCUUCUUGUUCUUUUCUUCCAACACACAGAAAAUCGAGAUGGAAGAUCGAAACAUUCUUGCUGCAGACUGCAUUGUCCUGUGCUGCUGCUGCCAAUGCAUGAUGCUGCAGAUCCUCAUUUUCAUACUGCUGAAGCUCCCAUACAAGCUGAUGAGGAAGACUAAAAAAUACGCAAAGAAACUGAGAGCACGCAAGAGAGGAACGAAGAUCAUGCAAAUAGAGAUGCCAAGAAAUAGAGACGAAAGCUUCACCAGCCAUGGUGGAUCCAUCAGAAUAGAAUCCAUUCGAUUUGGGUGUUGCAUGUCUGAAAUCGAGCGCGUCUUGGAUGAUCUUUCGAGUAGGGGUGAGUUUGCUUUUGGAAGUUUUUGGGCUGGAGAAGUUGCUUCAGACACAAGUUUCCCUUCUUGUUUUAACAAUGAUCAGAUUGAUUAUGAUGUUGUUGGCUGCCGUUUGAUGGAGUUAUUUGGCACUGCCAACUUCUCUUCACAGCAUUGAUUCCUUUAGAUUCUGUCCUUAUUUAGAAAGAAUAUCCAAAAAUAGUUCUUGCAAGAAAUGCCAUGAUUCCUUUAUUGUUUU